GGUUGUUUCAGCAAAGAAAUAAGCAUCAGAGAGAGUCUUCUUGGAGAGACGUGUUAGCAAAGCCAGGAAAGAGAGUGCUGGCAGCUUUGAGAGGAGAGAGAGAGAAUGGCAAGGCAAGGUGCAGCCUUCAUGUUCGCCAUGGCAUUGCUCCUCGGGGUCUUUGCCUCCAUCCCCCAAAGCGUUGAGGCCAUCGGGGUGUGCUACGGCAUGAGCGCCAACAACCUGCCGCCGGCGAGCACCGUCGUCAGCAUGUACAAGUCGAACGGCAUCAACUCGAUGCGGCUGUACGCGCCGGACCAGGGGGCGCUCCAGGCCGUGGGCGGCACGGGCAUCAGCGUCGUGGUCGGCGCGCCCAACGACGUGCUGUCCAACAUCGCCGCUAGCCCCGCCGCAGCCGCCUCCUGGGUACGCAACAACAUCCAGGCCUACCCGUCCGUCUCCUUCCGCUACGUCUCCGUCGGCAACGAGGUCGCCGGCAGCGCCACGCAGAACCUGGCCCCGGCUAUGGAGAACAUGCACGCCGCGCUCGCCGCUGCCGGGCUGGGACACAUCAAGGUGACCACGUCGGUGUCGCAGGCCAUCCUCGGCGUGUUCAGCCCGCCCUCCGCCGCCGAGUUCACCGGCGAGGCGCAGGCGUUCAUGGGCCCCGUCCUGCAGUUCCUGGCGCGUACCGGCGCGCCGCUCAUGGCCAACAUCUACCCCUACUUGGCCUGGGCCUAUAGCCCGGGCGCCAUCGACAUGAGCUACGCGCUCUUCACCGCGCAGGGUACCGUCGUGCAGGACGGCGACUACGGGUACCAGAACCUCUUCGACACGACCGUCGACGCCUUCUAUUUUGCGAUGGCCAGGUACGGCGGGUCCGGCGUGCCGUUGGUGGUGUCUGAGACCGGGUGGCCGUCCGGCGGCGGCAUGGAGGCGACUCCCGCGAACGCGAGGAUCUACAACCAGAACCUGAUCAACCACGUCGGGCGCGGCACGCCGCGGCACCCGGGCGCCAUCGAGACGUUCCUCUUCUCCAUGUUCAACGAGAACCAGAAGGAGAGCGGCGUGGAGCAGAACUGGGGGCUCUUCUACCCCAACAUGCAGCACGUCUACCCCAUCAGCUUCUAACUAACUGAAGCUUGCCGGCUAGCUCCGUAUACACACCGUGCGUCCGUACGUCCGUUAGUACGUAUACACAUCAUGUAUACUCAUACGUACCUGUAGAUUAUGUAUUGUACAGGGCUUGCUUUGCGACCGCUGGGAGUAGCAAAUGCUACUCUCAGAUGCGUAUGCCGUGAGAAUUUUAUGUAUAAGUAAGAUAUAGUCUCGAAGGGAGGUGUACGUACUGGACGUAGAUAAAUACAGUACAACAGCUGAUCUCCCUUCCUAGCUAGUAUAUAGAAGUUGAUUGAGGUA